AGCAGAAUAAUUCACUUAGAAAUAAAGAGUAGAGCUAUUUUUCCCUCUGAUACAGUGAAUGCAAUUACCUAAGGCAUGGGAGGCUGAGAUAACUUACUUAUUCAGACCCCACUCUCCCAAGAAACCAUCAUUCUGUCAGGAAGGGCUUUAAAAACCAAUCCACGUCGUGAAUACUAAAACAUCGCCACAUUCAGAACCUGUCCUUGUAAUUUCCAUGUACCAGCUGCAGUAUCACAAGCAAAACACACUGAUAGGCAGGGCAGAGUUCAUUAUUAUCAAGGCCGUAUACACCAUCCAAGCUCUUGUGUUUGCUGACCCUACUCUCAGUGUUGUUGGCAUCUCCUUGUCCUUCAGGAGCAACUCCCAGCAAAGCAAAGCACACCGGCACCCUGUUAGCAAUGUGUGAGCCACGCUGGGCCUGGGAAAGUGUGAUGAGAGAAGAGAGUGCCAAGCUGUGUCUGUCUGGAGAGCUCAACGGAGGGAAACCAUAAGCCUGUGCUUGCCCCUGAAUAUGAUGCCAUUUAGGUGACACCCUCCGUUCCCACCUUUGCUGCCAUUAUACAAUGGGGAAUGGAGUAAUGACUUUCAGCAAUUCUAUUUGAAUGGCAGCAGUCCAGUUCUGGACUGUAUUUUUUUUUUUUUUUGUAAGUGGCGGGGGGAGAGUAGGUUGGCAGAGGGGAGAAAGCGCCAGUUUGGUUUGUCUGCAAUCCUUGUUUUGCAUUGGGAGCUUUAGAGGACAGACACAUUUUUUCCAUCUCCACUAAUCCUCCUCUGAUACAGGGGAUUUUCCUGCCAUUAAAUGAUAGCUUGCGAGAAAAAAAUGCCAACUUUUCAGAGACUGACUCGUAUGGCUAAUGGCAGCAUCAUGAGCAGGAGGGAGGACACAGCCACUUCCCAUCUAGAUGAUAGGAACCUGCCCUUGGCACGGCUGGGAGGAAGAAUGCAGAUGAGCUCGUGAAAAGGUCUAGCACAAAGCUGCAGGAUUCCCUGAGAAGGUCAGUGGUGGAAGAAAGAUACUCACCAGGAAGGUGCCGGGGAUUUCUUCAGUUUGAAAGCGUGUGAGAGAGGAGCUUUUUCCUUGUUCUUCUUUUCUAAACAUAGACCUUAUUGUGGGAAAAUGAUGCAGGGAAAUAACAGAGGAUGAAACUUGUCUCUGGUCUUCCUGUGUGCUUUUAGAAUCCUCAAGUUCACUUGCCAGACCUGAAAUGCCACUAGUGAAUAAUCAAGGUAAUGUUUGCCAUCAUUUUAAAUGUGAUCCUUUGGGUCCCCCAUGUGCAUGCGGUAUGGGCCUGUGUGCGGUCCUGCCCUGCACACUGUGUGUGUACCCAGGAGCGGAGCUGCUCCGUCCUCUGCAAUCAUGCCGGUCUGGGGCAGAUCCCUAGCGAGUUCCCCUGCGAAGCCUCGUAUAUCAACCUGGACAAAAACAGUAUCAAGUUCCUCUCCGAGAGGGCCUUUGGGACCUUGCCUUCCCUCAGAUCCCUGUCGCUCAACCACAACAAUAUCUCCUUCAUCACCCCGGGGGCUUUCAAGGGACUGCCCAGCUUGACCGAACUGAAGAUGGCCCACAACGAGUACAUUCGCUAUCUCCACACACGAACUUUCACUGCCCUCAGACGCCUGGUGAAGCUGGACCUGGCGGACUGCAAUCUUUUCAACAUCCCGGACAGGAUCUUCAUCGAGCUGCCUGCUCUGCAGGAGCUCUUCUGCUUCCAGAACAACUUCCGGAGGAUCCCAGGUGCCAUCAGGGGCAUGGAGAACCUGACCCACGUUUACCUGGAGAGAAACAGGAUCGAAGCGGUAGCCUAUAACUCCCUGCAGGGCCUGACCAAGCUGAAAUACCUGAAUCUGCAGGACAACAGGAUAAAUGUCAUUCAUGAGCGAGCUUUCCAGGGCUGCCAGAAGAUGGAGUACCUGUAUCUGAAUGACAAUUUGAUCAGUGAGCUUCCAGAAAACUCUUUUGAUGGACUGCGGUGCCUGAAGAUGCUCAACUUGGGGGGGAAUUUCCUCAGGAACGUUUCCAGCACCUGGUUCAGGGACCUGGGGGAGCUGGAGGUCCUCUACCUGGACCGCAACAGGAUAAGCCACAUUGAGGAAGGGGCUUUUGAAAACCUCACCAGCCUGGUUGCAUUACACUUGAACAGCAACAACCUGACGACGCUGCCCUUUUCCGUCUUCCAGCCAGUGUACUUCCUUGGGCGGCUGUACCUCUUCCGCAACCCCUGGGACUGUGACUGCCGCAUCGAGUGGCUGAAGGAGUGGAUGGAGAAUUACAGGCUCGUCAGGGAUAUUCCCUGUGCCUCCCCCUCCUCAGUAGCCGGGAUUGACCUGAUGGAUGUGUUCUAUGAGAGAUCGCCAGAAGGUUACUGUCUUGACCCGGUGGAGCUCAACAUCACAUCUGAAGGCCUGACCCCAAGUGAAGAGCCUUGGUCUACCACAGAGAGCAAGUUCAACAGCCUUAUCUCCAAACUCUUGCUCCAGAUGGGCCUUCCUGAAGAGGUGGCAAACACCACCGAAGUCUACGGUAACGCCACGCAGCUGGAUGGACUGAUGCAUGGUGUUUCUUCUGGGGUAGGAGAGGACAGUGUUGAGGCUGCCUCCUUCUCUUUUUAUGUCCCAGCACUUUUAACAGUGAUUAUUUUGCAGCGCAAAUAGUCCAAGGACUGCCUGGUGCAUGGGUCCUGCUUAAGCGUUUAGUCCCUGUACCUACCUAGUCAUUAGGGAAGAGUUUGUAUUGUGGGCCUAGCAGAUAUAUCUGGCUCCAAACUCUCCCAAGUUGGGUUGGUUGGAUCUGUCUCCAGAUUUCCCUGGGAUCUGGUAAGAUCUGGUUCAAGGCUGGGUCCCAGUCUGGUUGAGAAACCUGCUCAGGGGGGUCUCAGAGCCUCCUGGACACUCACAGAGCUGUGUAGAAGAUGAACAUUGAAAGAAUGGCAGUAGGGUUGAGUUUUGCUUAGAGAAUUGUGAUGUCCUCUGCUGGGAAUGGAGAGAUGAGGGAUCUGUAAGGAUGGCAGUGCGGUGCUAUUUAUUUCAUUGGGACAACUCAUGUUGACCCAACCAUUGACUUUAUGAGUGCAAGACAAGGCAGCAACCCAACUGAAUGUGGUUUUAUUUUUUAAUUGAUAUUUUGUUUCAAAGAAUAUAUUGUUUAUAUUUGUAGGUUAUUUCGUGGCAUGACAGCAGGGACAGAACGUCGUGAUGACAAAUGCAACCAGGCUUUACUAAAUAUUUUGUAUUUUCACCAUUAAUGUGUACUACAUAACAUGUCAUAUUAUGCUGUACUAAUAAACUAUGCCAUCAUUUUCUUUUUUAUGGCAUCUUACAUGUUUUAUCUUUGAAAUCUUCAGUGAAAGCUGCUACUGUGACCAGAAAGAAUUAUCAUGUUUUCUCUAUCAGAGUACAUUAAUAAAAUAAUUUGAUAUUAUGCUCUUAUAAAUUAGCUGUUCAAAAAGCAUAUUUUUUUUUUUGAGAUCCUUGAAUUACUCUGCUGCUUUUUUUGUAGGCUACUCAAACGGGUACACAUGAACGUCCUUUUUAUGGUCUAGAGCAAACAGCAAGCUAUCUAUUGCAGCAUAAAGAAUAGACACUUUUACUUAGAACAUGACUGUGCUUACAUUUGUGUUAAGUAGCAACGCUUUAAAAAGUAAGUGACUAUAUAAAAAUACACUUCUGUGAUAUUUUAGCUAUAUUCAUUCAUCAUACAUGGCUUAUCAUAUUAUGGUAUACAUGUUCAUAUGAAAUGAUAUAACAUAUACAAUCCUUUAUUACUGCUAAAAUGUUGUGAAAUAGGAAUAAA